UCCGCAUUGGUGCCUCUUUCGCUGGCGGAGUUAAUGGCGCUGAGGCCCUGAGGCCUAACGCCAGGCCAACGAGGUGAAAAAAAGAUCGUCGCUCGCAUUUUUUCUUGUCGUCGCAGGUGCGUUCAGGAAUCUACAAAUAUGGCAGCAUUUCCGUACAGGGCCGCACCUGGGCCCAAUCCCGUUCCAGUCCCUCUACCUGAUUACAUGUCUGAAGAAAAGCUACAAGAGAAAGCCAGGAAAUGGCAACAACUUCAAGCUAAACGGUAUGCUGAAAAGAGAAAGUUUGGCUUCGUGGAUGCUCAGAAGGAGGACAUGCCCCCUGAACAUGUCCGAAAGAUAAUUCGUGAUCAUGGUGACAUGACAAACCGGAAAUUCAGGCAUGACAAGAGAGUCUAUCUUGGUGCUUUGAAGUACAUGCCACAUGCUGUUCUGAAACUACUGGAGAACAUGCCUAUGCCAUGGGAGCAGAUCAGAGAUGUUUCAGUUUUGUAUCACAUCACAGGUGCAAUCUCAUUUGUUAACGAAAUUCCCUGGGUUAUUGAACCAGUUUAUAUAUCUCAAUGGGGAACCAUGUGGAUUAUGAUGAGACGUGAAAAGCGUGAUAGACGACACUUCAAAAGGAUGCGGUUUCCUCCUUUCGAUGAUGAAGAGCCUCCACUGGAUUAUGCAGAUAAUAUACUUGAUGUGGAGCCACUCGAAGCAAUACAGAUGGAACUUGAUUCAGAAGAGGAUGGACCAGUGGCAGAGUGGUUAUAUGAUCACCAGCCACUGAAAGACAACCCAAAGUAUGUUAAUGGAUCGACUUAUCGUCGCUGGCAGUUUACUUUGCCUAUGAUGUCUACUCUUUAUCGCCUGGCUAAUCAGUUGCUAACUGAUUUAGUGGAUGACAACUACUUCUAUCUGUUUGAUCUAAAAGCAUUUUUUACAUCCAAAGCUCUUAACAUGGCAAUUCCAGGUGGACCCAAGUUUGAGCCUCUGGUUCGGGAUGUGAAUCUUCAGGAUGAAGACUGGAAUGAAUUCAAUGACAUCAACAAGAUCAUCAUCAGACAACCAAUCAGAACAGAAUACAAAAUCGCAUUCCCAUACUUGUACAAUAACCUCCCCCAUCAUGUUCAUCUCACCUGGUAUCACACACCGAAUGUUGUGUUCAUUAAAACAGAAGAUCCAGAUUUGCCAGCUUUUUACUUUGAUCCGUUGAUUAACCCAAUCUCUCACAGACACUCUGUUAAGAGCCAGGAACCAUUACCGGAUGAUGAUGAAGAGUUUGAACUUCCUGAUUGUAUGGAACCAUUCCUGAAAGAUUGUCCUUUAUAUUCAGAUCAUACUGCCAAUGGCAUAGCAUUGCUUUGGGCACCAAGACCGUUUAACUUGAGGUCUGGAAAAACAAGGAGAGCACUUGACAUUCCCUUAGUUAAGAACUGGUACCGUGAGCACUGUCCAGCAGGGCAACCAGUCAAAGUUAGGGUUUCUUACCAGAAACUCCUGAAAUACUAUGUACUGAAUGCACUUAAACACAGACCACCCAAAGCACAAAAGAAAAGGUACUUAUUCCGUUCAUUCAAAUCAACAAAGUUUUUCCAGUCAACCAAACUUGAUUGGGUAGAGGUAGGCCUCCAGGUGUGCCGUCAAGGUUACAACAUGCUGAAUUUGUUGAUUCACCGUAAGAAUCUGAAUUAUCUGCAUCUGGACUACAACUUCAACUUGAAGCCAGUGAAAACCCUCACUACUAAGGAACGUAAGAAGUCCAGGUUUGGGAAUGCAUUCCAUUUAUGCCGUGAAGUGCUACGUUUAACAAAGCUUGUUGUUGACAGUCACGUACAGUACAGGCUGGGGAAUGUGGAUGCCUUCCAGUUGUCAGAUGGAUUGCAGUAUAUCUUUGCUCACGUUGGACAGUUGACUGGAAUGUACAGAUACAAGUACAAGCUGAUGAGACAAAUCCGAAUGUGUAAAGAUCUGAAGCACCUUAUCUAUUACAGAUUUAACACCGGACCAGUAGGCAAAGGGCCUGGCUGUGGAUUUUGGGCUGCUGGCUGGAGAGUGUGGCUUUUCUUCAUGAGGGGUAUAACUCCACUGCUGGAGAGGUGGUUGGGAAAUCUGCUUGCCAGACAGUUUGAAGGUCGCCAUUCUAAGGGAGUAGCUAAGACUGUAACCAAACAGCGUGUGGAGUCUCACUUUGAUCUAGAGUUGAGAGCUGCUGUUAUGCAUGAUAUCUUGGAUAUGAUGCCUGAAGGAAUUAAACAAAACAAGGCCAGGACAAUCUUGCAACAUUUGAGUGAGGCUUGGAGAUGCUGGAAGGCAAAUAUUCCUUGGAAGGUUCCAGGGCUGCCGACUCCAAUUGAGAACAUGAUCCUUCGGUACGUGAAAGCCAAAGCUGACUGGUGGACAAAUACUGCACAUUACAACAGAGAGCGUAUUCGCCGUGGUGCAACUGUUGACAAGACUGUGUGCAAGAAGAAUCUGGGUCGCUUAACCAGACUGUACUUGAAGGCAGAACAGGAAAGACAGCACAACUACCUGAAGGAUGGGCCCUACAUCACUGCCGAAGAAGCCGUUGCCAUCUACACCACCACUGUGCAUUGGUUAGAGAGCAGACGUUUCUCUCCAAUUCCUUUCCCUCCUCUUUCAUACAAACACGACACAAAGCUUCUGAUCCUGGCUCUAGAAAGAUUGAAAGAAGCUUACAGUGUGAAAUCAAGGCUAAACCAGUCACAGCGAGAAGAAUUGGGUCUAAUCGAACAAGCCUAUGAUAACCCUCAUGAGGCUUUGUCCAGGAUUAAACGACACUUACUUACUCAGAGAGCUUUCAAAGAGGUUGGUAUUGAGUUUAUGGAUUUGUACAGCCACUUGGUACCUGUUUAUGACGUUGAACCAUUGGAGAAGAUCACUGAUGCUUACCUUGAUCAGUACUUGUGGUAUGAAGCUGACAAGCGACGGUUAUUCCCUCCAUGGAUUAAGCCAGCUGAUACAGAGCCUCCUCCAUCUCUUGUAUACAAGUGGUGCCAGGGCAUCAACAAUCUUCAGGAUGUAUGGGAGACAGCUGAUGGUGAAUGCAAUGUCAUGUUAGAGUCGCGAUUUGAGAAGAUGUAUGAGAAAAUUGACUUGACUUUGCUGAACAGAUUGCUGCGUCUAAUUGUGGAUCACAACAUUGCUGAUUACAUGACAGCCAAGAACAACGUUGUCAUCAAUUACAAGGACAUGAACCACACCAAUUCCUACGGCAUUAUCCGAGGGCUCCAGUUUGCAUCCUUCAUUGUCCAGUACUAUGGGCUUGUGCUAGAUCUGCUUGUUUUGGGUCUCCACAGAGCCAGUGAAAUGGCUGGCCCACCACAAAUGCCAAAUGAUUUUCUGAGUUACCAGGACGUUGCCACAGAAGUUGCUCAUCCUGUCCGACUUUUUUGCAGAUAUAUUGAGCGUAUCCACAUUUUUUUCAGGUUUACGGCUGAUGAAGCCAGAGACUUGAUUCAACGCUAUCUUACAGAACACCCUGAUCCAAACAAUGAGAACAUUGUGGGAUACAAUAACAAGAAGUGUUGGCCUAGAGAUGCACGUAUGAGGCUUAUGAAGCAUGAUGUCAACCUUGGUCGAGCAGUGUUUUGGGAUAUUAAAAAUCGACUACCUAGGUCUGUUACCACUAUUCAGUGGGAGAACAGUUUUGUGUCUGUGUACAGCAAAGACAAUCCCAACCUGCUAUUCAACAUGUCUGGCUUUGAGUGCCGCAUUCUUCCUAAAUGUCGUACUAGCUAUGAAGAAUUCACUCACAAAGAUGGAGUCUGGAACUUACAAAAUGAGGUUACCAAAGAGCGCACAGCUCAGUGCUUCCUCCGAGUGGAUGAUGAAUCCAUGCAGCGGUUCCACAACAGAGUACGUCAGAUCCUCAUGGCAUCUGGCUCCACAACUUUCACUAAGAUUGUGAAUAAGUGGAACACUGCUCUGAUUGGCUUGAUGACCUAUUUCCGUGAAGCAGUGGUUAACACGCAGGAGUUAUUAGACCUGUUGGUGAAAUGUGAGAACAAGAUCCAGACACGUAUUAAGAUUGGUUUGAACUCCAAGAUGCCAAGUCGUUUCCCACCUGUGGUGUUUUACACACCUAAGGAGCUGGGUGGUCUUGGCAUGCUCUCAAUGGGCCACGUUCUCAUCCCACAGUCUGAUUUAAGGUGGUCCAAGCAGACAGAUGUGGGCAUCACUCAUUUUCGAUCAGGUAUGAGCCAUGAAGAGGACCAAUUGAUUCCUAAUCUUUAUCGUUACAUUCAGCCUUGGGAGAGUGAGUUCAUUGACUCACAGAGAGUAUGGGCAGAAUAUGCGCUGAAACGACAAGAAGCUAUUGCACAAAAUAGGCGUCUAACUUUGGAAGAUCUGGAAGACUCCUGGGACAGAGGUAUUCCACGCAUUAACACAUUGUUCCAGAAGGACAGGCACACGCUAGCUUAUGAUAAGGGCUGGAGAGUGAGAACUGAUUUUAAACAGUACCAGGUGUUAAAGCAGAAUCCAUUCUGGUGGACCCAUCAGAGACACGAUGGCAAGCUGUGGAAUUUGAACAACUACCGUACUGACAUGAUCCAAGCGCUAGGUGGUGUUGAAGGCAUUCUGGAGCACACACUCUUCAAGGGAACUUAUUUUCCAACAUGGGAAGGCCUGUUCUGGGAGAAAGCAAGUGGCUUUGAGGAAUCCAUGAAGUGGAAGAAGCUGACUAAUGCCCAACGAUCUGGUUUGAAUCAGAUUCCCAACAGAAGAUUCACUCUUUGGUGGUCACCAACUAUCAACAGAGCUAAUGUUUAUGUAGGUUUCCAGGUGCAGUUAGAUCUGACAGGAAUUUUCAUGCAUGGCAAAAUCCCUACUCUCAAGAUUUCUUUGAUCCAGAUCUUCAGAGCCCAUUUGUGGCAGAAGAUUCAUGAGAGCAUUGUUAUGGAUUUGUGUCAGGUCUUUGAUCAAGAGUUGGAUGCUUUAGAGAUUGAGACUGUGCAGAAAGAAACUAUUCAUCCUAGGAAAUCCUAUAAGAUGAAUUCGUCCUGUGCUGAUAUUCUGCUGUUUGCUUCAUACAAAUGGAAUGUUUCCAGACCAUCGCUACUUGCUGACUCAAAAGAUGUGAUGGAUAGCACUACUACUCAAAAAUACUGGAUAGAUAUUCAGUUGCGAUGGGGUGACUAUGAUUCUCAUGAUAUUGAGAGAUAUGCCAGAGCUAAGUUUUUGGACUAUACAACAGAUAAUAUGAGUAUCUACCCUUCGCCUACUGGUGUAUUGAUUGCUAUUGAUCUGGCCUAUAAUUUGCAUAGUGCUUAUGGUAACUGGUUUCCGGGUGCCAAGCCAUUGAUCCAGCAGGCUAUGGCAAAGAUCAUGAAGGCUAACCCUGCCUUGUACGUGUUGAGAGAACGUAUUCGAAAAGGUUUACAGCUAUAUUCUUCCGAGCCAACUGAGCCUUACCUAUCCUCACAAAAUUAUGGUGAACUGUUUUCCAACCAAAUCAUUUGGUUUGUGGAUGAUACAAAUGUGUAUCGUGUCACCAUUCAUAAGACUUUCGAAGGCAACUUGACAACAAAGCCAAUAAAUGGAGCCAUUUUUAUAUUCAACCCCAGGACAGGACAGCUGUUCCUUAAAAUUAUCCACACUUCGGUUUGGGCUGGGCAGAAACGGUUGGGCCAGCUGGCAAAAUGGAAGACUGCUGAAGAAGUGGCUGCCUUGAUCCGAUCGCUUCCAGUUGAAGAGCAGCCUAAACAGAUCAUUGUUACAAGGAAGGGCAUGUUAGAUCCAUUGGAAGUUCAUUUGCUGGAUUUCCCUAACAUCGUGAUCAAAGGAUCUGAGCUGCAGUUGCCUUUCCAGGCUUGUCUGAAAGUGGAGAAGUUUGGUGAUCUGAUUUUAAAGGCAACUGAGCCCCAGAUGGUGUUAUUUAACUUAUAUGAUGAUUGGUUGAAGACCAUUUCCUCCUAUACUGCAUUCUCUCGUCUGAUUUUAAUUCUUCGAGCACUACAUGUGAACAAUGAUCGUGCAAAAGUCAUCCUGAAACCGGACAAAACCACGAUAACAGAACCUCAUCACAUCUGGCCAACUCUGACUGAUGAAGAAUGGAUAAAAGUGGAAGUGCAGUUGAAGGACCUUAUUCUAGCUGACUAUGGCAAGAAAAACAAUGUAAAUGUGGCAUCUUUGACUCAGUCUGAGAUUCGUGACAUUAUUUUGGGUAUGGAGAUCUCGGCACCUUCACAACAGAGGCAACAAAUUGCUGAAAUUGAAAAGCAAACCAAAGAGCAAUCUCAAUUGACAGCUACCCAGACACGCACUGUAAACAAGCACGGUGAUGAAAUCAUCACUUCAACAACCAGUAACUAUGAGACCCAAACCUUCUCAUCCAAAACUGAGUGGAGAGUCAGAGCAAUAUCUGCUGCCAACCUUCACCUACGUACCAAUCACAUUUAUGUUUCCUCUGAUGACAUCAAAGAGACUGGUUAUACUUACAUUCUGCCAAAGAAUGUGCUGAAGAAGUUUAUUUGCAUUUCAGAUUUGAGAGCACAGAUUGCAGGAUAUCUGUAUGGUGUUAGUCCUCCAGAUAACCCUCAAGUGAAGGAAAUCAGGUGUAUUGUGAUGGUGCCACAAUGGGGAACCCAUCAGACUGUGCAUUUGCCUAACCAGCUGCCACAACAUGAAUAUCUGAAGGAAAUGGAACCUCUUGGUUGGAUUCACACUCAACCCAAUGAGUCUCCUCAGUUGUCACCUCAAGAUGUCACCACCCAUGCUAAAAUAAUGGCUGACAAUCCGUCUUGGGAUGGAGAAAAGACUAUCAUCAUAACAUGCAGCUUUACUCCAGGUUCAUGCACACUGACAGCAUACAAGCUUACUCCAAGUGGAUAUGAAUGGGGAAGGCAGAACACAGACAAAGGAAACAAUCCUAAGGGAUACCUGCCUUCCCACUACGAAAGAGUUCAGAUGUUGUUAUCAGAUAGAUUCCUUGGCUUCUUCAUGGUCCCUGGCCAGAGUUCCUGGAAUUACAACUUCAUGGGCGUUCGCCAUGAUCCCAACAUGAAAUAUGAGCUGCAUUUGGCCAACCCUAAAGAGUUCUACCAUGAAGUUCACAGACCAUCUCAUUUCUUGAACUUUGCUUCGCUUCAAGAGGGGGAGAUCUACAAUGCAGACAGAGAGGACAUGUACUCUUAGAAAAUCAAGAGAAAUUUACAAUGGAACUUCUGUACUGUUGAUAUUCAACAAAUGAAUAUAAGUUCAGUUUAUGGUCUCUGAUAAAUUCCAGAUUUUGUUUGUAGACUGUGUUAACACCAAAUUUUGUGAUAUCUGUGAAAUAUAGUAGCUUUUAUGUUUAAAAAUUGCUUGAAACUAUGGUAUCUACCCAUGAGCUGAAAGUUUUAAAUGCGCUAGUAUAUCUGUAAUUUUCUGAUGUGCAGUGAUGUCUACACUGUAGAAGAAAUUAAAGCUUAAAUAAUUUUUUUUAA